UGAUCUAGGUCAUGUUUAUUCAUUGGAAAAAUCAUAUAUUUAUUAAUCCCAAUAAUAUUUUUUAUGAUUUUGCUUGUUCAAAUGAAGGAGAAUGAGCUGAAUUCAUUAUUAUUUGUUUGGACACCCCCUUUUUAAAUUUUAUUUAAAGCUAACGGUAUAAAUGUGAUUGAAAUGUCUUUCUAAAAAUGUUUGGAAGCUUAUUUUGAUAUGCCCAUCAGCCUACGAUCAAACAGGCUCAUAAUAUAGCCUUCAUCCCUUGAAUGGGUAUGAAUUGCCGGGAGAGGUUAAAACAAUAGCUUUACAUACAUGGUUACUGAGAAUCUAAAAAACUGCCAUCUGCUUUGGAAAAACAGAACAAAAUUACCGGAACUUACCUAAAAUUGAACAUGCGCAUUCCCGAAUCGUCGAUUUUUGCUCUAAACAUAAAAACAAACCAAUUACAAACAAAAAAAGCAAUGCGUUCAAGGAAGGAGAAUUUGAUGAAGUGUUUAAAAUAUAAGAACCUCCUAGGGCUAGGGACUGAACUUGUUAUUAUUUAUUAGAGUAUAGAUCUAUACUCUACUAGUCUAGUAACUAGUCUAUAGUCUAGAUCUAAAAUCUAUAUCAAAUAUCAACUAUAAGUAUAGGGCCUACUAUAUAAAUUAUGAUCUAGAUCUAGACCCCUCAACUCAAGAAAACAUUAAGCAACUGGAACAGACCACAAAAUAGACUCGAGCAGCAUAUGUUGCCUACCUAAUCAAAAUAUCCAAUGUCAUUCCUGAGCUAAUAUAGGAACGCACUAUAUAGAUACACUUUUAUUUAUAAUGGAUAAACAUUUUCCUAAGAAGAGGUCUCUUGAAAAAAAAUUGUGUAAUGGUGAAAGUCCUGAAAGUAAAAAUAACACAGCAUUAUUAAAUAAACCUAAACAUAGACCUGAUGUUUGUCCUGAUGUGACUCAUCAUCUUUUAGCAAAUAUUUUGGAACCAGAUGUUGUCAGAUCUAGCUCCUCUUCUAGUGGUAACUCCUCAAGAGUCAGCUCUUUUACCAGUAGCAGUAGCAGUGAGAGAUCUUCCCUGGCUGUAAAACCAAUUUUUUCGCAAAAUUCAUUAGAUGAAGAAAAUUCUACUACAAUACCAGAAAAUGCAAUCCAUGAUAUUACUAAAUUUAAAAAAAAAGGGAAGAAGCUUGCUAUUUAUAUGACACAGUAUAGCAAUGAUGACAAUGUUUUUGAAGUAGGAGAAAGUUAUGAUACGCUGCCUCCUUUCUUAGGAAAAAAGAGAACAAUCAGUGAUAGUUCACCUAUGUCUGAGAAAGGGCGGCGUACACGCAGUGAAUUUUGUAGUAGUGGUUACGGCACUGGAUCAGCUGGAUCAAGGGAAAGUACACAAGGAAACUCAUUGAGCAAACUUUCUGCGGAUUUAGCUCAAGAAAAAGAGAAUGAAACUAUAAAUGUUGCAGCUGCAGCGCCCAUUGCUUUCAAACCUUUAUCAUUAUCAUCCAUUGAAAAUGAUUUUAAACCUAAAAUGCUAAAUAUGUCAUCUUUUAUGAAAAGUACUACGCUUGUAGAUCAGAAAGAUCCUAUGGUACUAGAUCAGAAUGAGCCUGAGCUUAAGUUACUUCCUAUACUGCUAAUUCAAAAAGAUCCUGUGAGGAUAGAUCAGAAAGAUCGUGACCUAAAGCUACUUCCAAAAGCAAUAGAUCAGAAAGAUCCUUCCCCUGUCAUGAUAGAUCAGAAAGAUCCUGACCUGAAGUUACUUCCAAAGACAAUAGAUCAGAAAGAUCCCUUCACUGUGAUGUUAGAUCCAAAUGAUCCCGAUCUAAAGGUAUUUCCCAAAACAUUAGAAAAGAAAGAUCUCUCCCCUGAGUUGUUAGAUCAGAAAGAUACUGACUUAAAGUUACUUUCUAUGAUAAGAGGUCAAAAAGAUUCUUUGCUAUCAGAUCAGAAAGAUCCCAAGUGGAUGUUAAUAGAUAAGCCACUUGAUCAGACAGAGGAUAAAAAAAAUUCAGUAAAACCAUCUGAUACUAUACUGAGUAACUUUAAUUACCAAGAAGAAAUGUCACAAGUUUCUAAAGACAAAAUCCAUGAUAAUAGUCUCAUAUCUUUGGAUAAAUUCAUUAACUUCAAUAAUCUAAGAGGAUCAGUGGUAGUAAAUGCUGGUUCAAGCCUCUUGACCAGAAAUGUACCAUUGAGUUCCAGUAGUGUAAGCAGUGGCAGCAGUUAUUAUAUUCCAUCAUCAGAUGAGAGCAGACUUCAUGCUAGCCAUAUGUUUACAGAAUCAGUGUUUAAAAAUGUAUUUACAUCAUUGAAUUUGCAAGGUAGUUCAGUUUCUUCUCAAGAAACACGAUAUCAACUAGAUGAUUUAUUACAGUCUUCUACAAGGCAUCAAGCUGAACUCGAUUCCUAUUUUCAUCAGGCAGUCAGCACUUCAUCCAUAGAUAAUGAUUUGGCAAAUAUUUUGGAAAAAUCAGCCCGAUGUGAGGAAGAAACGUGUGACAAUGAGCAAUGCUACUUGAUAAAGUACAGAAUUAAAGAGCUGGCAGAUGGACAUAUUCAAAUUGCCUCUUUAACUGAAGAUCAGAGAUCACUCCUUUAUCAUAUGUAUAGGCAUGUGAAGGAUUGUACAUUGCCUAUCUGUACAUUUUACUGGUGUUCACCUUCACUAAAUAUUGAAAGUCUGUCUGAAGCAAAUAGUUUAAUUACCAUGAAAAAGAAAAUUGAAAACUUCACAGAUGAUAAAGUUUUGGAUGGUAUUUUCUUAGAUUACCUAAAGAUUUCUCCACAUAUGCCUUAUGAAAAAAUGCCUGUAGAGCGAGAGCACUGGAGCAGGCUGUGUAUGCUAGAUAACUCCAGCAGAGCCAUGUUAGUCAAACCUAACUCUGCUGAAUGUCAAGAUUAUUGGGUGAUUAAAAAGAAUCCAGUAGAUGAUGAUUAUUUGUGGCAAGUGUGUACUAAACUGUGCAAGUUAAAACAUUCCUCUGUGAUACAGAUAUUAUGGGCAGCAAGAUUUGAUUGCCAUGUAUUGAUUUGCUCACAAUUUGAAGCAGGAUAUUUUACUCUGCAAGAUAGUCUCAGAGCUUGCACUCCUAGUGGUUUUGACUCAGGAAUAACACAAAUUCUAAUGUUACAGUUGAGCUCUGCUGCUAAACAUUUAAAUAAUCUGGGUAUUCUUUACCUGAAUUGGACUAGUGGAAACAUUCUUUCUUAUCAGUCUGAUCAAGGCAUUGUUGUUAAAUUAAGCAACUUUUCAGCAGCAGCUUGUAUUGAUUACUAUGAUGUUGGAUUUCUUCAAUUAGUCUUACCAACAAAUAUACUAAUGCCAGAGCUCUGCAAUGAUGAUAAAGUCACAGCUACUAGUGAUGUGUGGGGGUUAGGCUGUAUUCUGUAUGAGCUGGUUACAGGUCAUCCUAUUUGGCACCUACAUCGACAUAUAACCUCAGAGGAACUGAAGAAAAUAAUGAAGUACAAGUACUCAACACUAUCAACGGAGCCUGAAUACAACUUGAUCUAUCUCUAUCCUAAGAUGAGCCCACUUUUGUCUGCUUGUUGGCAGGUUGACCCCAACAAAAGAAUUAGCAUAAUUGAUCUGCAAGUGCAGUUAAUUGAAGUAUUUUUAUCCAGCAACCCUAGACAUCCCACAUAAGACUUACUUUGGUACACUCCUGUAAAUAGCAUUUGACUUUCUACCUUGUAGGUUAUGUGAUUGCUAUGUCUAACCUGUAAAACAAAGUAUGUUUGAUAGGAAGAAAAAAUUUAGAUCCUUUUUAUUUUUUGAAAAAGGCUUAAAUGAUUUUCAAAUCUUAGCUUACUGGCUGGUCACACACCAUCCAACCUUGAGGUCGGCCAUAAUUUUAGUUUAAAAUAUUGUUAAUUACGUGUGGCUUUAAAUCUCCAUAGAGUGUGUUUUAUGACUAAAAUUGUUCCAACUGAGGGAAAUAAUCUGUCACACUGCACUAGACUCAAACCUUUCUUUGUCAACAUGAAAAGUUGAAUCUCUAGGUCUAAAGGAAUAGUUACUCUCUAUCUUAGGAAGGUUCUUAUAGUAUAUGCACCAAAAGUAAAAGUCACCCGCACAGCUCUUCCCAAUGAAAAGAUGAACCACAAAGUUAACCCAAUAAGCUUACAAAUUUUAAAUUUUUUUCUUUUCAAAAAUAAAUAAAUCGAUGGAAAGAAAUGUAUGUAAGAGAAGCUCUUAUUUAAUUAAAAAAAAUGCUAAUAUUUUGGUCGAAAAAAUAUAUUUAUUUAAAUAUUCAUAUCAUUUAAAAAAAAAACCUUGGUAAAGAAUGCUUAAAAAGCUACCAAUACUUAUGAAUUGCUAAAUGAGAAAUUUAUUUUUGUAAAUUGUCACUAUGUUGGCAUCCUUCAAUUCCUGGGGGACCAUUCCUUGCUCCCAACACAAGCUAAACAGUUCAUGGAAUGGAUUGAUUAGGGCGCGCUUUCCAGUCUGAAAGGCUCCGAUUGUAACUGUUAAGGAAGCAUUUCACUUCUUAGCAUUGUUGGAAAGGCUUAUGCUACUGAAAUGGAUGCAGAAUGAAUUUAUUCAGAAUGGCAGUGUUGCUUUAGGGCUGGUAAAUCCACAACAGAUAUGAUUUUCUCCCUGCGGCAGCUACAGGAGAACAGCAGAGAACAAAAGCAGUUCCUCUUUAUAGCUUUUAUUGACUUGACCAAGGCGUUUGACCUUGUCAGCAGAAGAGAAUUGGCUGUCCAAACAAGCUACUGAAAGCUAUCAGCGUUUCUCAUGAAAAUAUGCUGGGCACUGUACAGUUUGACAGUUCCGCCUCUAGGCCAUUCUCCAUCAAGAGCGGAGUAAAACAAGAAUGUUGUUCAAACAAGGAUGUUGUUAGUGUUAAAAAAGGAGGGGAUUCGUUGGUCCUAAUAAACAAUACCACUGGGACCGAUCAAUGGGCAUAGCCGGUGUAUAAUGCUAGUCGGAAUAUAAAUCCCAAAUUUAAAAUAAUUUUCUUUCCUACAUGUAUAGCUUUACUGCUCCGUCUUUUAUGUUUGAAUAUACAUUCAAGAAACUCUUCUUUAGAAUGCUAGGACAAUGUCUUAACCCUGUAACCUAGAGGCUUUUGCAACGUUUGUUGUAGAUGAAGCAAAGAAUUUUCCCGCUAGGGUCAUAACUUACCAAAGUUCUGGUUAACUGUUUCUACAAGAACUUCAAAAUAAAGACUAAGACUAAGACUUCUUUAUUGAUCCUUACGGAAAUUUGUUGUGAUUACAAGGAUUCUUUUCUCAUAUAAAGACAACACAACAGAAAAAUACACAUAAAUACAAUAAAGAGUUCAUUCAGCGACUACACACAGGUAUCUGAACGUAACCGUUUGAGAAGUUGCUCUGCAAAUAUUUUCUUUCAAACCAAUACUGACAGUUACCAACUAGUUUCAUGCAAAAGCUGCAAUGUAAAUCGACUCAUAGAUUGAGUAACGAUUUUUCUAGACUGGAAAAGACACUUUCUAUUAAAAUUGCCAAGUACAAUAGCAUUUAACUCGAGAACAUAAGAGCAACUCUUCAGAUUGCUACUUGUUUCCAAAUUCCCUUUUUCCAACAUUACAAAAACUGUUUCCUAAUAGAAUUCGUGAAACUAUCGAUUCUCAUGAUUCUCUAGUAAAUCAUUUAACCGAGAAAAGCUCGGUCACUAUGUACUGUCCCUAAAAGUUUUAAAAGAAUCUCAUAACACAUUGCCUAUUGUAAAAAAAAAGUCUUUGUUUUACGUAUAUUAAUAUUAAAGCAUAAAUAAAAUGUUUGGCUUCUUUUUUUACAAUUCACCUAAAUAAAACAUCUUAAUGGAUAGA